GGCCGCCAUCUUCCCAGGGGCGGGGCCUCCGGCUGAGGGGCGGGGCUCCUGGCAAAUAAUAUCGGCGGAGAGGCGGGGCUUCGUGUAGAGGGGCGUAACCAAGCGGUGGGAAUGUCGUAUCAGCCCCGGGGGGCGCGGUCAUGCGUGGAAGGGCGGUGCUAGGCACGAAAGGGGCGUGGGCAGAGGGUUGGGGGCGUGUCCCCGCGCUCCGGAAGCGGAAGUGGCGGCCAUGAUGGCGGCGAAGGAGGAGGAUAAGAUGGCGGUGGCGGGCGAUGGGUGCUGUUUGCGGCCGUUCUCCUGUGAACAGGGGCUGCUGUCGCGGCCCGACGGCUCGGCCGCCUUCCUUCAGGGCGACACCUCGGUGCUGGCCGGGCUCUAUGGCCCUGCAGAGGUGAAGGGCAGUAAGGAGCUCCCGGACCGGGCGGCGCUGGAGGUGCUGCUGCGCCCCAAAGUGGGGCUGCCAGGCGUGGUCGAGCGCAGCCGGGAGCAGCUCCUCCGACAGACCUGCGAGGCCGUGGUUCUGGGGGCGCUGCACCCCCGCACCGCUAUCACGCUCGUCCUACAGGUGAUGAACGACGCUGGCUCUCUUCUCUCCUGCUGCCUGAACGCUGCCUGUAUGGGACUGCUGGACGCGGGGCUGCCCCUGUCCUCCCUCUUCUGCGGUGUCACCUGUGCCCUCGACGCCAAUGGUGCCAUUGUCCUCGACCCCACGACCCGUCAGGAGCAGGAGGCGCGUGCUGUCCUCACAUUUGCCAUUGACAGUGCUGAGAGGAAGGUGCUGAUGGCCACCACCAAAGGCAGCUGCUCCGUGGAGGAGAUGCAACAGUGCCUUGCGGCAGCCCAGCGCGCUGCCGACACCAUCUUUCAGUUCUAUCGUGACUCUGUCCGACGGAGAUACUCCAAGUCUUGACACCAGGGACCCCGAUGGGGCAGCUGGACUGUCCCCCACCUGGCCCAAACCCCUCCCAGCAGUCAGUAAAGGCCCCCUACUCCCCUCCA